CUUGUUGUUUGGAGUUGCCCACAUACAUAUGUGCAAACAGAGGCUUCACUCAAGUGGCACUGAGAGGAGGUGGAGCAAGCACAGCUUUAAAAAAGGAAAGGAGAGUCAUUCCAAGUCUGAAGAAAGAAGGGCUGUGCUGGGCAAGGAAUAAUUUCUGUUUCUUGUUUUAGCCUUACCCAAGGGCUGUGCAAGUUUUUCACCACCUUCCUUUCCUUUCCUUUCCUCCUUUCUUUUCUUUCCUUUUUUUUUUCUUGUCUCCUCUCCUCUCCUUUCCUCCUUUCCACCUCCUUUCAGUUAUUUCAUACUUGCUUCCACCUUCUCUCCACUCCAGGCAGAAGAAACCUCUUGCUGGAACUUCUUUAAACGGAAGAGGAAAAGUAGUAGCAGGAUAGACUUGCCUUGAUUUACAAAAGAAAAGCUAAAGGUGGGGUGAGUAGGGAAAGAAAUGGUAGUACAGGGCACUAAGAAAAGAAGCCCAAGAAACAUUUGGAGGGAUACUGAUUUCCGAUACUCUCGCCAUGACUAAGCCCAGACAAGUUGCUCUCGAUUGACAGUUCGGAGAACUCACCAUGAUGUGGCUGUUUUUUCUUCCUUGGCCAGUGGGCUUUGCGUUUAGUGUGGCCAGUGUCCCAGGCCCGCAGCUUCAGAACACAAAAUGCCCUCCGCUCUCUGGCGAGGGGAAUUGGCGUAUGACUGGUACCGGUCCUGCACCCUUCUUAAUUUUCAGCCAUGGAAAUGCUAUCUUUAGGACUGACAUGGAGGGAACUUAUCACAAACAAGUGGUAGCUAAUGCUGGCACGACAAUAUUGAUGGAUUUUCAUUAUAGAAAGGAGAAAGUGUAUUGGGUGGACUUAGAAAGAGGACUUCUGCAAAAAGUAUUCCUGAAUGGCACAAAGAAAGAGACUCUGUGCCAUACAGAGAAAGGGAUUUCAGGAAUGGCAAUAAAUUGGAUACAUGACGAAAUUGUUUGGUCCAAUCAACUGAAAGGAACAAUUGAAACUACAGACAUGAAAGGGAACAAUUCUCAUAUCCUCUUGAAAGAAUUAAAUUAUCCUAAAAAUAUUGUUCUUGAUCCAAUAAAAAGGUUUAUAUUUUGGGUGGCAAAUAAUAUUACUAGCACUAUAAACAGAGCAAAUAUUAAUGGGACAGAUGUGAAGAUUCUAAUGCAGAGAUCACAAACAAUUAAAACUAUUUCACUGGACAUCCUUGAGCAGAGACUAUUUUGGAUUCAGGACAGCAGUGAAGAAAAUGAUCUUCAUGUUGCCUCCUGUAAUUAUGAUGGAGGCUCUGUUCACCUGCUGAGUUAUUUUACACAAUACCAUUAUUUUGGAAUGUCUCUGUUUGCUGAAAAUAUGUAUUAUUCAGAAUGGAAUACAAGUGCCAUUUGGAGUGUCAAUAAAUACACAGGACAAAAGAUGGUUAAAAUUAGCCUUAACCCAUCAUUUCUACCACCGACUGAAAUAAAAGUAGUACAUCAACUCUUGCAGCCUACAGUAAGAAAUGAUACUCAGAAUUCUGAGCAGGAAGCCUGCAAUUUAAAGAAAGGUUACUGCAAGAGCAACAUAUGUGGGCAGAACCUUAAGUCCCAUCCAUGCAAAUGUGCUGAAGGUUAUACAUUAAGCCAAGAUGGGAAGUAUUGCAAAGAUGUCAAUGAAUGUGUAUUUUGGAACCAUGGGUGUACUCUUGGUUGUGAAAACAUCCCUGGAUCCUAUUACUGCACAUGUCCCAAAGGGUUCAUCCUGCUAUCUGAUGGAAAAAGAUGUCAAGAAUUAAUUUCCUGUGUAAACAACAACACUGGAUGCAGCCAUGGUUGUGUCAUGACAUCAGAUGGUCCAAUGUGUUUCUGUCCUGAAGGGUCAGUGCUUGGGGAAGAUGGAAAAACAUGCAGUGGUUGUUCAUCAGUAGAUAAUGGUGGAUGUAGCCAGAUCUGCAUCCCUCUAAGCCCAGUGUCUUGGGAAUGUGGUUGCUUUCCUGGAUAUGAGCUGCAAUUGAAUCAAAAGAGCUGCAAAGCUAAAGGACCUCAGCCCUUUUUACUUUUUGCCAACAUGCGUGAUAUUCGGCGAAUCAAUUUUGAUGGGACAAAGUAUGAAAGCCUACUCAGCCGGCAGAUGGGAGAGGUCUUAGCAUUAGAUCAUGAUCCGGUUGAAAAUAAGAUUUACUUUGCACACACAACACUGAAGUGGAUAGAGAGAGCCAAUAUGGAUGGCUCAGAGCGUGAAAUACUCAUUCAGGAAGCAGUAGACACACCAGAAAGUCUUGCUGUGGAUUGGAUUGAUCGUAAAUUCUAUUGGACAGACCGAGGGAAAUCCCACAUUGCCAGAAGUGAUUUGAAUGGAAAAGACAAUGAAGUAAUCAUUGAGGAAGAUGUGUCUCAACCAAGAGGAGUUGCUGUUCAUCCAAUGGCCAAGAAGUUAUUCUGGACUGAUUUGGGAAUUAAUCCUCAAAUUGAAAGCUCUUCUCUUCAAGGCAGUGAUCGGCAGAUUAUAGCCAAUACUGAUCUGGUCUGGCCUAGUGGAAUAACGAUUGAUUAUGUAGAUAACAAGUUGUAUUGGUGUGAUGCCAAGAAAUCUGUUAUUGAAGUGGCCAAUCUGGAUGGUUCGGGACGCCGAAGACUUAUCCAGAAUGAUGUAGAUCACCCAUUUGAUGUGGCUGUAUUUGAGGAUCAUGUUUGGUUCUCUAAUUGGGCUAAGCCUUCAGUAAUAAGGGUGGACAAGAGGACUGGCCAAAACAGGGUAUGUCUUCGAGGCAGCAUGCUGAGACCCUCAUCCUUGGUUAUAAUUCAUCCUUUGGCAAAACCAGCCAGUCAGAUGAAUCCAAAUAAUGAUACAGCAGUACUGGAGAAUGUGUUGGAAAAAGCAGUAGAAAAUAAAACCAGGGAGGAACAAGAACCCAAACAUGGACUGGUAGCUGAAAUCGUAAUUUCAGAUGAGGACAGCUGUGCCUCUGUGAAUUGUGGUGUGAAUGCUCAGUGCAUUUCAAAGGGAAAGGAUGCCUGGUGUGAGUGCUUGGAAGGAUUCAUCAAGAAUGCAACCCUAUGCUCUGAUAUUGAUGAAUGCGAAAUGGAUAAUGUACUUUGCCAGCCAGAAUCAUCUGAAUGCAUCAACACUGAGGGUGACUAUGUCUGCAAGUGUUUGGAAGGCUACAGUGGAGAUGGGUUGAACUGUUAUGACAUUGAUGAAUGUGAAAUGGGACCACAUAUAUGUGGAGAAAAUGCCCUCUGUAAAAAUACAGAAGGAGGCUACACCUGCAUCUGCUCUAAUGAUGCACCUGGGUUUGGAUCUGUUUGUCCUGAAUCUUUCCAGCCUGGAGAUGAUAUUUUCUCCCUCAUCAGAAACAGGCAAUCAGAGUGUCCACCACCAUAUGAUUCAUAUUGCCUCCAUGGAGGAGUGUGUGUUUAUGUUUCAGAACUGGAAAACUAUGCAUGCAAAUGCGUGGUUGGCUACGUGGGAGAGCGCUGUCAGCAUAGUGACCUGGAAUGGUGGGAGAUGCGGCACAUGGCAAAGGCAAAACAGCACAACAUCACCAUGGCAGUCUGCAUAAUUGUGCUGGUUCUGAUGCUUCUUCUAGCCUUGGGGAUGACUUACUAUUUCAGGACUCAGAAGCUCCAUAAGAAGAAUCCAACCUCUGAGAUGACAGGGGAAUCCAUAGUUUCCAGUACCCUUGGAGAAGACAUGAUGCCUCCUAAUCACAAGCCUUGGGUUUUGGUUGUGAAGGAACAACCACAAUGCAGUGUUGGAAGUCAUCAGGUGAACUUCACAGACUGUCAGACUACAAAUGGUGAUCAACCUUCCCGCCCUGAAUCUAGAUAUAUGUGGAUGGAAUCCUGGAAUAGAGAAAUACAGACCAUAGAAGAGAUGGGGAGAGAUCAAAACUAUCAGCAUCAGCCAUCUACAAACCAGUUUGGUCCUCAGGGAAUAGAGGAAAAUCCUCAUCAUCUUCUUCCUUCAGGUCCUCUGCAGAGAGCCUUGUCUCCUUGUUCCAGCUAACUAUUUACAACAUGUGGAUCAAAAAAAUCCAGAACAUGCUAUGCCAAAUGCAAAAGACUCAAUAAGGAACUGGACUUGGAACUAAGGAAAAGAAAACGAACAUUGUUGAUGUAAAAAACGAAGGGCUUGAACUCUAAGGUCCUUUCUAGCUUCCAAUCUCAUGAAUCUCAAAUUCUAAUAGUGGAAUAAACAUUUCUUAUGGGAAAACAAAGGAAAAAAAAGAGUGGGGUUCCACUUACACCCCUAUGUCCAGAAACCUGGAUCCCAAUGCCACUAUGUUGGAGGCAAACAUGAAGCCAUUUUCUUUUUUUCAUCUUAAAGCAAUCUCACAAAUUAUUCCAUUUGCAGAUCAGAAGACACUGAAGAAUUACUAAGAGAUUCAUUAGGAUCAAAUCCAAGAGAGGAUCUAUUCCUGUAGCGUUGGCUUAAGUUGUAGAUGUAUAAGGUUGUCUUUAUCAUAUCAUCAGAAGAAGUGGAAAUGUAUUGAUUCAUCCAUGGGUGUUCACAAAACUUGUGAAUAUUUACUUUUUUCCAGCCAGCUUAAUGCUGUGAAGUGACUUACUUAUUCCAGUGUUGGAAAUGCUUAUCUUAUUUUUGGCAUGGACUAUUGCUGUACAGUGAGUCUGGGAGCAUAUCUAAGGUGGGCCAUCUUUUCAGAUAAGGAGAUUUGUGUUAUUUGUAAUUAUAAUUUAAAAAUUAUGUUGAUUAAGGUCUUUAAUCAAAGGCAUCUAGGUGGCACAGUGGAUAGAGCACCAGCCCUGAAGUCAGGAAGACCUGAGUUCAAAUCUGGUCUCAGACACUUAGCACUUCCUAGCUGUGUGACCCUGAGCAAGUCACUUAACCCUAAUUGCCUCAGCAAAAAAAAAAAAAAAAAAAAAAAACUUUUAAGAGUUUUAAUUUCUGAAUCAUAUUGUGGGUCUGCCUCAUUUGACCAAUAAUUUUCAUUGCCCCCCCUUCCCAACCAGUUGGGUAGGCUCAUUUUCAACAAGUUCUAAGAAAAGAAAAAAAUAAGUUCUUAUUUGGUGGCCUUUCAUAAAAUCUUUUGCUUAUUUUUCAGUGUAUAUAAAGUAGAAUUAUAAGUCCAGAGCAAAUUUUAUUUUUCUCAUGGAGAAUAAUCAGUGAUUUUUAAUUAUUCAAGAUGUAUAAUUCAAUUCAAUUCAAUUCAAGAUUGAAAAAAGCUCUAUUGUAUAUAAGGAUGAUGGGUAUCCAAUCAGAAUCUAGGAGUUAUUGAAAAUGAUCUAAAUUCAGUUGCUAAGGCUGAUGUUAAAGUGACAAGAUCUCAAAAAUAAUUGAAAACUAGAUGAAUUUACACUUAGGACAAGAUUCAAAAGUACAUAUUUAAUAAAAUUCAUAUUAUUCAAGCCAAGGAUAGCUAUCACAGAUAAUAGAGAUACUCUCAAUCCCUUGCUAAAUCAUUUAGGGCAUGGGAUAAUAAUACAGUGUCUAUAUUAACCAGUUUCAUUGCUUUUCCCUUCUACUAAAGAGCUUUGAUUACAUCACUCAUUAACACUUAAGAACCAAGAUGAUGAAAUGAGAUAGAAUUAACUUCUCUUAUUUCCAUUAUUUUCUACUAGCUCUAGAAGAAGGUUUGGUGAGGGAAGAAGAUAAGAUGAGAACUGUGGACUAUAUGAUUAUGGCAGUUAUUUAUGCUGUUUAUGCCAUCCAGUUAGAGGAGAAUUUCCUGCAACAAUUGAUAUUUGAGAAAGAAGGCAAUGUCAACAUUAUAUUUGUAAGUAGGUGCUGAAAUCACCAAUGAGUGAAAUCAUAUUAGCAAAAUAAUUACUCUUACAAAAAAAUUAAAGUAGCAAAGUAUGUGUUUAUAUGUAUAUGUAUAUAUACAUAUAUUAAAAGUUAUAUAUGUGUGUAUACACUACAUACACACAUAUUUAAAAAGCUUUGAUGAAUGUUUUUGUGUUAAUAGCUUUCCAUUUUAGAUUUCAACAAUGAGUAGUAAGUAUUAUUAUAUCAAAAAAACACCUCUUGUUAUGUCCCUGGACAAAAUUGGUCGGGGAUAUUCUAGACAGCUAGAGAAUGUAUAUUUCCUAUAAGCAUUUAAACAUGAUUUAUAGGUAUCAAAAAUUUAGAGAAUUUUUAAUUUUUAUUUAAAUCAAAUAUGUGACAUAACUAGUCGAAUUCAAAGACAAUGUAGUCAUUCAAGGCCUUAUUCUUUAUACUUUUUAGUUCCACUCUGCACAUUUAUAUUUAGUUUCCAAUCCCAGUUCCAAUUCUAUUUCAUUUUUCUAAGUAUUCCCUUUCUUUCAACUUUGUUGUUGCUCUUGAAUCAAUUUACAUUUUUACACUGAAGCAACUUACAUUGCUGUGUCUCUUUUAUUUUCUGAAUCUCAAAGGUCUAUGACAUUGUGACCCUUAUCAUUUACAGUUAAAAAUAAAUGAUCUACCUUUCCCUCUGAGGUCAUUGAUGAAGAUGCUAAAUAAGACUGGGCACACUGCUAUCUCUUGUUAUCACAUAAUUUCAAUUGCAUUUAUUAAUUUUUAUUUCUGGCUUGUUUCCUUUUCAUGUUACAUAAUUUAUUAUUUCAAAACUUGAGAAAAUAUGAUAGAAAUGCUGAAUAAAAAAUAAUACUUUAAAGAAGA